CCCCCACGCCACCCACAGUUAUUAGUUGAAGUUGACUUUGCAGCAAUCAUGAAACUGUUCUUGGCUCUGGCCUUCUGUGUCCUGGCGGCUAAUGCCGUUGAGGUUCGUGAGAACGGUGAGAACGGAUGGUAUGUGCCCCAGGCCGAUGGAAGCAUGGAGUGGAUGGACCGCGAGUUCGCCGAGGCCUACUUGGAGACCAAGAACCGCAUGGAGGGUCGCAGCCUCCUGAACCCCGUGACUUUCUACCUGUACACCAACAACAACCGCGAUUCUCCUCAGGAGAUCAAGGCUACUAAGGCAUCGAUCUCAGGCUCCCACUUUAAUCCUGACCACCCCACCCGCUUCACCAUCCACGGUUGGUCCUCCGGCAAGGAUGAUUUCAUCAACUAUGGAGUCCGCGAUGCCUGGUUCACCCACGGUGAUAUGAACAUGAUUGCCGUAGACUGGUCACGUGCUCGUUCCUACGACUACGCCUCCUCUGUGCUGGCUGUUCCCGGAGUGGGUGAGCAGGUGGCCAACCUGAUCAACUUCAUGCGCACCAACCACGGUCUGAACCUGGACAACACCAUGAUAAUUGGCCACAGCUUGGGCGCCCAUGUCUCUGGUUAUGCCGGCAAGAACGUGAAGAACGGCCAGGUGCACACCAUCAUCGGUCUGGACCCCGCCCUGCCCCUCUUCAGCUACGAUUCCCCCAACAAGCGUCUCAGCUCCACCGAUGCCUACUAUGUGGAGUCCAUCCAGACGGACGGAGGAGCCCUGGGAUUCCUGAGGCCCAUCGGCAAGGGAGCUUUCUACCCCAAUGGAGGAAAGAGCCAGCCCGGAUGCGGUAUUGAUUUGACCGGAUCCUGUGCCCACAGCCGAUCGGUGAUCUACUACGCCGAGUCCGUGACGGAGAACAACUUCCCCACCAUGCGUUGCGGUGACUACGAGGAGGCUGUGUCCAAGUCCUGUGGUAGCUCCUACAGCACCGUCCGCAUGGGUGCCACCACCAAUGCCUACAUGGUAUCCGGAGAUUACUACGUUCCCGUCCGUAGCGAUGCUCCCUACGGCAUGGGCAACUAAGUCCAAUCUGUAGUCAAAUAAAUUGAAUGAAAGCUCUGUGAGCGAAAGCAA